AUGUCUGAGAUAUCUCUCAAUAAUCUCACCCCAUUCUCGCGAUAUGGGACCUCCGGAAUGACAGCAGCUCAGCUGGUCAAGUGUAACCCUGGUCUACUUCCAUACGCUGUGAGAUACUGGCCAUCACAUUACCAGAAAGCCGAGCUCGACGAAGCCUCUCGGCAGAGCUUCCAAGUCUUUUUUAGAAACAAUGAUUUAGUUAAUUUAUGGUCCAAGCUGUUCUGGGAGUAUCAAAACCCGCUUACUACGAGGGCAGAAAUGGAGCCAUUGUCUGUCGCAGCGGAGGUCGGGUGCAGUGACCUCGUCGACACACUGCUGCAGAGCUUACAAUCCAAGGACGGGGGGCUUUGGGUACCGCUUGGUAUUGUAAUCGAGAAACGGAAUGAAUCGCUUGCUAAGAAACUCCUAGACUUCGGGGCUUGGAAUACGGAGCCAUUACAUAGUGCCGCUGCCUACGGUCAAGACUCGAUUAUUCCAACACUCAUCGACCACAAGUUGCCCGUGAACGACUCCAGCAGUUCUGGUUGCACUUCGCUCCAAAUCGUCUCAAGAUCCAGAGGUCUCAUCGCGGUAACAACGCUUCUUUCCCUGUCUAACAUGGAGAAGACAGCGAUACGAGGCCUAACACCCCUAUAUCUAGCCAGUCAGUUUGGCCACGCUGACGCAGUUGAGGGUCUUCUUCGGGCAGGAGCUGAUAGUGGUGCCUUUUCUAACGCUGGUUACACUCCUUUGCAUUGCGAAUGA